CAUCACUCCAUACCCAUUUGUUACCCGUCUUCACAACAAGUAAAACUCCUCGCUUCAAAUAAACACUAGGCGAUCACAACCUCAACAAUGGCUUCUUCCAAUCCUUCCAACUUUGCGAACUUGCCAAAAGAUGAGCUGAAAGAGAUCGCCGCCAAGGGCGGUCAUGCUUCUCACGGCUCUGCCAACAACGACUCUACUUCUACUGGCGGCAGCGACAAUGCUGACCGUAAUCCUGACGGUACCUUUAAGAAGGGCAGUGAGCUUGCUUCCGAGUUGGGUGCACAGGGUGGUCAUGCUUCCCAUGGCGCUGCAGACACUACCUCGAACAGCAGUGAGGCGGGCCGCAACCCAGACGGCACCUUCACCAAGGGCUCUGAGGUCGCUAGUAAACUUGGCGCGCAAGGCGGACAUGCUUCGCACGGAUCCAACCAAUCCGGUGCUGAGACAUCGAGCAAUGACAGCGGACGCAACCCCGACGGUACAUUCAAGAAGGGCAGUGAACUUGCUUCCGAGUUGGGCACACAGGGCGGGCAUGCCUCGCACUAGGAGCAGCAUGAUUAAAGUGCUGGUCGAUCUCUCAGGGAGCGUUGGACACCGGGGUACUACCACGUGAGGCCAUAAACUUGAUCACGAGACCAUGAAUUGAAUGCAAAACGAAAUACAUGACUUGAUUAUGCAUCUUAUAUAAUGUACGACAAGCUGAGAUGAUCAGGCUUAA